AUGUUGACCCUGAGUGUAAUCCACACUGGAGAAAGACCCUACAAGUGUGAGCAGUGUGACUAUUCUGCAAACCGGAAAUUCCACGUUGACUACCACAUAGCAGCAAUACACGACGGUGAAAAACUCUUCAUGUGUGGUUUCUGUGGUUACGGGACAGGUGAAAGGCCCUACAAAGGUGACCAGUGUGACUAUUCUGCAGCACAGAAAGGGCAUUUGGACAUCCAUAUAGCAUUAAGACACACUGGUGAAAAACCCUACAUGUGUGAGGAGUGUGGGCACAGGGCGGCUCAAAAAUCAAGAUUGUCUCAACAUAUGAAAACACAUACAGGUGAAAGACCCCACAGAUGUGACCGAUGUGACUAUUCUGCAGCACAGAAAGUAACUUUGGACAACCAUAUAGCAGCAAGACACACAGGAGACAAACCCUUCAUGUGUGUGAUGUAA